AUGAGUGAUGUUGAGGCUGUCUCCUCCCUGCCAGCUUCCCUGGAUGCCGGACAAAGCGCUUUUGCUGUCAAGGUGAACCACCAGUCUACCUUGGGUCAUCCACCUUCCAAGAGGACCACUCCCCCGGUUGCUCAGGAAGUGGAUGCUCCCGCUAAAGAGGUAGAUCCUGCUGUCGGGGACGGCGAUGGGCCACCGAGCCCCAAGGCUGACUCGGAGGCAGAAACCAUAAUUCAAUCGGGCCGCGAAUCUCUGUCGCCUGAGAAGAGACGGAAGUUCAUAAAACAUGAACCGAAACGACGUGAUGAUGCAAAUGACCAUGCUGAUGCCGCAGAGAGCGAUCUUCCUCCUAAUGAUUUGCAAGUGAGAAAGCGGAAAUCGGCGGACGAUGAUGAUGAUGUGCCCAGUGAACGCGACCGUCCGGUGCGCCCGGCCAGCCCUCAGCGGAGGGCUGGCUCGCCACCUGCCCCCAUAGUUAAGAUUGAGAAGACCGAGGAACCCCAGACGGUGCCCAGUCGAGUCGAAUCGUCCCAUCCGAUCACAUCCGCCCCCAGAACGUCAAGGAAGCGCAGCUUCAGCGAGAGUGUCGACGCGGAGGCGGAUGCUCGUCGAAAUGCACGUCAACAUCACUCGGCAGCCCCUCGCGACCGGGAGCGACGAGAUUUGAACGGGAUUUCUCUCCCUCGCCCAACACCGAACGAUCGAUCUGUCUCACCGGUUCGUUCUCAUAAGCGGACAGCAUCCGGCCCUCAGCUCAGCAGCGAUCUGCAACGAAAGAGGAAGGCACCCACCCCGCUCAUCUCUGGGGUGCCCAGACAGAGUUCCGAAGACAGACAGUCCGUCUCCUCAUCUACCAGCGGGUCUCCCUUGCCCAGUGCCUAUGUACGGAAGGUUGCGUCUGUGGAUGGUGCUUCAGCGUCUCCCGCACGGCCUAUGGGGCACAAGAAACAGCGAGAUCAAAAUGGCCGGACGCGACUUGCACGUGCCUGUGCCGCCCAGGAGUUGGAGGUAGCCAUGGCUCGACAUGCCGAACGACCGGAGGAUCUCAAUGUUGCUGAUAAUGCGGGAAAUACACCACUACAGAUUGCUGCCCUGGAAGGUUGUGCGUCCAUUGUCAAGUUCUUGCUAGAGGCUGGCUGUGAGGUCGAGACCAGGAACAUCGACAGGGACACGCCGCUGAUAGAUGCCGUUGAGAACGGGCAUCUUGAUGUUGUCAAGCUCUUGCUUCAGGCCGGUGCAAAUCCCCGCGCAGUCAAUGCUGAAGGCGACGAGCCCAGCGAUUUGAUUCCUUCAGACUCGGAGGAGUACGACGAGAUCCGGCGCGUGAUUGAGGAAGCAAAGGCGAACCCACGCCCGAGUCGUCGCUCAGAAGAACAAACAGGAUCUGGGAAUAGGGAAACGUCCUCCCGUCGGGUUGCGAUCAAUAGUCCGCGUGAAUCGCCACCGGUCAGUGGACAACGAAGUCCGCCUUAUGCUGGUAUCACGAGCAAAAGGAAGAGUGUCAGGAGCGAGGCUACUCGGAAUGAUCUACUGUGGACCAAGGCUACACCAGAGAAUCUACAAGCAUUCGCUGCCAAGGGCGAUAUCGCUGGAGUAGCCAACAUUCUUAAUGUCGGGCAAAGGGCGGAUCCUGAGUCUAUGAUCGCCGCAGCCAAAGGUGGUCACGAUGAAGUGUUGUCCCUUCUACUUGGCAUGGGCGAUGCAGAUCCGGAUCCAGAUCCUGUACCGGGCGGCUCUCAAAAGCCGGGAUACAACACCCCUAUGUUGGCAGCGAUUGGCCGAGGCAACCUUCCCGUGAUCAAACUGCUCCUUGCUCAACCAAGUUUCAAUCCGACUCGCCGUCUCCACAAGGACCGUACCUACUUCGAAUUGUCUCGGGAGCGUAGGGCUGAUAAUUGGGAGGAAGAAUACGAUCUUCUGCGUGAUGCAUACGACGACUAUAUCCGGACAAAGAAGCAGCGCAAAGCCGAAUUCUCAUCUCCGCGACGAGUGCGUGAAAGGGAGAAGGAAGGCAAGCGAACCGGCCGCAGAGAGUCACCGUCACCGGGAGGUCGGCCUAGGAAAGCAAUGGCGAGCCCUGGCCGUCGAGAUUCGUCUAAAGAUGCACUUUCGAAGGAGCGCCGGAGAGAAGCUAUGGCUCAUGGAAAGGAGAAAUCUAGUGCACCUCGUCCGAAGGUUGCCCAUGUUGGAGCAGGCGACCAGGACGCGUCGCGUUCGGAACCGGCUCGGUUCAAGGGAUCUUCUGCGAGGGACGGCGAAUCCAGUCGUGGCGAUGAAGCGCCCAAGAGGAGACGCUUAAUUGCCGGACGGCCCCCAGACCGUGAUAGGAGAGUCCCUAGUUUACCCCCGCCCGAAUCCAUCUCGGGGAGAGAUGAGAAUACCAAGACGCGCCCCGAUCCUUCCGAAUCCGCUACUUCCAGACCUGGACCGCCGCAUUUGAAACGCGGACGCAGCAGUGUUAGUCCCGAUCGACCGCGAUCCCGUGAUACCGAUGCCGAACGGCACCCGCGCGAUACCCAGAAGAAGAAACGACGUGUGCUGUCGGAGGAUGGUACACCUAACAUUACCAACGGAGGUGUGAAGAAGAGCCAUCCAACCUCGGAAGAUCUCAAGACUCCUGCCCGUCAUAGGGAUGACACUCAGGCCGUAGAGCCCAAACGGGAACGAUCGAGGGAACCUGACGUUCCCUCGAGGGCAGCAGAGAAGAACCCCGUGAAGGAGGAGCAGGAAAAGGUCGAGACUCAAGGAUUAGAAGAUAUUCCCAUGGAGGACUCAACAAGCACCGCGGAAGCUGAAGUUAAAGCCAAAGCUGAAGCUAAAGCUAAGGCGGAA